AUGUUCUCCAAUUUUAGGGAUUCACCCUCUGGGAUGAAAAUCCAGUUAAAGCCUUUGGUUUUGGCAUCAGACAAUGAAAAGCUUCGUAAUCAGGAUAUAAAUUUUAUCGAAUCUUCCAGUUUCGUUCAGACUGAAUUCCGAUCUUCUCGGGGUAACAAAAAUGUAUUCAAAUCUCCCGAGUCAACCGGUGGUGGGUUAAAUGCAGUGACAGGCACUAGUGGAGAAUAUGACACGUUGGUGCGCGAACGUGCCCAUGAAGCGGCCAUUUUCGGAACUGGCCGAGGUCAGCCUCUUGGCACUCUGCCCAGUGAUGAAGGCGGUACUGGUGCCGGGUCAAAGAUCGUAUCCACCAAGGAAGUGGUCAAAGAGAUCAUUCAUCCCAAUGUAAGCGUCUCCUGGUAUUUUAGUUAG